AGUGAUUUGUACAAGCGAUUAUUCAAGGAGAUAGUGUUCAUCAAGAAAAAUAGAAAUGCCCUUAAUUUUAAUUCAGAUUGUGCUUCCCUGAAUGUCAAUUAUAUUAGUUUGCUCGGAGAGUGAGGAUUUGUUGUUGAAUGUCUGCGUUGUGUUUACCUUAUUGCUUAUUGGGAUGGGAAGCUUCGAUCGAUGUCGUUUUAUGGUUACUGUUGAAGAGCCAGAGUUCACCGAUAUCAUCGAAAAUAUCACAGUGGCUGCUGGACGUAAUGUGAAAUUCGCAUGUUCUGUCAAAAAUCUGGGAACGUACAAGGUUGCAUGGAUGCAUUAUGAGCAAUCGGCGAUUUUGACAGUUCAUAAUCACGUUAUCACAAGGAAUCCAAGAAUAAGUGUAACUCAUGAUAAACACAGGACUUGGUUUUUGCAUAUUUCAAAUGUGCAAGAAGAAGACAAAGGACGUUACAUGUGCCAAAUAAACACAGCCAAUGCUAAAACUCAAUUUGGUUAUCUCUACGUCGUAGUUCCUCCAAAUAUUGAUGAUUCUCUCAGCAGUAGUGAUGUCAUUGUUAGAGAGGGCGCUAACGAAACGUUGACUUGCAAAGCCACAGGUUAUCCAAAACCCAGUGUGAAGUGGAAGAGGGACGAUAAUUCUAAAAUAACCAUCAACAAAACACUUUCAGUAAUGGAAUGGGAAGGUGAAAUUCUUGAGCUCACCCAAAUUUCGAGGCUGGAUAUGGGUGCCUAUUUGUGCAUUGCCAGUAACAGUAUUCCUCCUAGUAUCAGCAAAAGGAUCAAACUCAGCGUUGAUUUUCCUCCUAUGUUAUGGAUUCCACACCAACUAGUUGGAGCUCCACUAGCUUACUCUGUAACCCUGGAGUGUUUCACGGAGGCUCAUCCUGGUUCUUUGAACUACUGGACGAGGGAAGAUGGUCAAAUGAUUCAUGAAUCACGCAAGUAUCACACCGAGAACAUCCUUGGAAAUCCUACAUACAAAACUCAUAUGAGACUGACGAUAAAUGAUAUACAACAAAGCGAUUAUGGAACGUACAAAUGUAUGGCUAAGAAUCCUAGAGGGGAAACAGAUGGUAGCAUAAGACUCUACAUUUCUUCCCCUCCAACAACAUCGGCAAAAAGUACGACUGCCGAAACACCUGAGAAAAUUAAGCAUUUGUGGGGUAAUUCCCGCCUGAAUACGAGUCUUCUCAGCAAUUUAUCUUCCUUGACUCAUAUUCUCAUCGAAGGUCCCAGGAAGCCGCACAUAUUAGAUGGGAAGAAAAACUCUGAACGGGAGUUUUCAGACACAAAAAUGAAGAACGACGUUCUCGGAGAUAUCGCAACGAAGUCAUCAAGUAGCAAUGUUAUCAACAAAGAUUGGAUGUGGCUACUGAAAAUGGCAAUUGUUUACAAUAUUGUGCGGUGAAUAGGAGCCUGAUUGCUCAAUUAUAUCAGCAUGAUAAUAUAUCGAAUACAAGUGAGAAGCAGAAAAAUCAUGCACGCUUCGUUUUGAGCAUAUGUGUGAAAUUAUAACUUGUAUAACAUGAAGACUGUUAAAUAGUACCUAAUCAUUUAGAAUAGAAAAUGCACUUUAUAGAUAAACGCUCGUGAUAUAUCUGAAUUUGCCAAAUAUUGAAAUAUUCACAGGAAAAUAAUGAUUUAUAUAUGUUUUCUGUUAUGUAAAGGGGGAUGGAAAUAAAUGAGCUGUAGUUAUUUGGA